UUACAUUCAUACAAAUAAAUACAUAUUUAGCUUGAAAGCCCCCAACAUCCCCAUCGACCACGCAGCAGCUGCGGUGGCAGCAGCAGCAGCAGUAGCAGCGACGUGGGGAAAGCAGAAGACGAAGGGGGCCGACAACUUGAUCGACUGGCGGCAUUUGCGAACCGUACAAGUGUGCUGGCGCUCGGGCGAAUCAAAACAAGCGCCUGUGCUUCCCGCAGCACCAGCCACAGCUGCGAUGCCAACGACAACUGCAAUAACGCGGCUACGUAGCAGAGCCGAACAAUCGAAAGCAGAGGGUAUUUAACCGACCCCAAAUCAAUUUGCAAUUUCAGUCUAAAAUCGCGUUGCAUCGUUGCAUGAACUUGCCUAACAAAACGGGACAAUUAAUUCUCGCUAUUCGCGCAACAAACAAUCGCACCUAAUCGUUUGAACUUGAAUUUUACAAAAAACGAAGACACAACCAAACAACUUCCCAAAUACAUAAAUAUCGUACGUGUGCAAGUACUUACAUUUGGAAAUCCGUAAUUGUUUAACGGACUGCGGAAAUAUACAUAGUGUGUGUACGAAUACCAGCGUUUGUGCAUUUGUAUUAGCCCAAAUGUUGCUAGUGUUGCGAUAUAAUACCGUCAAUCAGUCAAUAGCACGCGACUAACAUUUUUGAAGACGAACCGGCUGAGCAGGCCGCAACUGGCAAAAGAAGAAGACAAAACGGCCGCAACAACAAGAAAUAAAAAGUAAACAAACGAAACUGAAAACUACCUACUCGUGCUGGUGUGCCAUAUUCAGUGAAAUAUAUUGCACUUGAUACUCGUAUUGUAAUCGCGAAUCGGUUAUCUAAUAGAAGCAAGUGGGUGCGCGCCAAUGCAUGACCUAGAAAAACGGCUGUGGUAUUGAGAGUACAGUGGCAAAGUGGAUGAUUCGUAAGCGGCUCAAAAAGAAAUGAAUAAACUUUUCAUUCCAGGCACGUUCAUUUAGCCAAGUCGCAACAUACAGGCUACUGUAUGGUAGUAAAAAAUAUUAACUGUUUUAAAAAACAAAGAUUUAUUUAACGGAUUUUCAAAUUCACGAACGCUUAAAUGAACUGAAAAAAAAUAUUGGAAAAGUUGCAUUGUUAGAAUUUGGCACUGCUGGCUAUAAUAAACUCUUAAAUACUCCCUGUGUAUGAGUGACUUUUGUUUUCGUACAAACAACAAUAAACAGCAAAGCGUGUCAAUGAACGCGAAAGUAAAAGUAUUGCGAGCAGGAUGAGCUUAGCCAUUUGCAGCUGAUAAACAAUUGAAGGAAGUUAAUAAAGGGAAAAUAGUGAAUACUUGAACUAAAUGAACACUGACGCUUUGGUGGAGUGCAAGGCUUUACGCGCAGAUACAAAAGGAGUCUGCUAACCAUACAGAACGCAAACCAUUAGCCAGCCAUCAUUAGUGUUUUACUGCAAGCAAAUAGGACCUGUGAUAAUAAAGAAAAGUAAAAUCAAAGUCAAUAUAAAUCAAAUAUAAAAAAGAUAUAUAAAUUUGUGAAUAUAAAAAUAUAUAAAAAAAAAAUCCUAAUUGAUACCGCACUUUACUUGUGAACACUGAAACUGAAGAAGAUGAGUGACAAUUCCAGCAGUCAAUUUGGAAGCAGGGAGGCCUCUUCCGGCCACGAAGCCAACGCUGGGUAUAAACAAGUUGGUAGUGCAAGGCAAAUUAGUGCGGGCCAGGGAAAUGGUGGUCAUACAUUUGUCGUAACAACGGUAAUUACUGAAUCUCUUACAAAAAUGGAAAAUCAAGCUUGCAACACAAGCGAUUCUAGAGUUCAAGAUAAUCUGAAUGGAAUUAACUCUUUUGACCUACCGAAAAACGAGGUAGACCCUAACUCAGUUUCAGAUCUUCCCUCAAGCUCACAAGUAUUACAAAAAUCGGAUUUGUCUAAAGCGAUUGUUCCUAUUUCUUCCUCAUUACCAUCCAAAUUGUUGCGCUUUCAUGCAAAACGCUCGGCUCAAGCUCUGCUGCAGCAGGUUGGACAGUCGCAGUCUUUAGACUCACAGUUUGGCAGCGAUGAAGGUGCCGUAGGUGGUUGUGACUAUGAAACAAACAACAGCCCAGAUGUGUUCGAUAUGCCCAUUCCACUGGCAGCCACACAUGCGCCACUUCCGCCAAGCAACACACCGGUUGAGUGUUAUGAGGAUAAGUUAAUUGAUGUUGGCAUGGGUUCCUCCAUCGAGGACUCCGAAGAGUCGGAAGAGGACGAUGAACUGAAGCCACUUGCGAUAGAUAAUCACGUUUUGCACGAUGUUGUCUUAAGUCCAUCCAUUGUAGAGAAUGAAAACAUAUCAUGCGUGGCCAAUACUAUUACACCUGCCACAGCUGUCUUAAGCGAAGCAAAUUUGGAAAAAUUCCAUAAAAAUCAGAGUCCACAUCAACACCAUCACAGUAAUUAUUGCCGUCAAAUGGAUAAUAUCUAUUUACACCCAAACUUUAAAUUGGAACCUGAUACUAAUGGGGAUGAUAUUCCAGAAGUUUCACCUCCGCCAGCUGUGGCUCCAGCUAAUUCACCUACUGAACCUAAACGCAUGCACCGUUCAUUUUUGACAAUGAAGAAACCUUCGAUAUCAGAAGAAACAGAAUCUGAAAAAAGUACUGCCAAACCUUUCAACGCCACAUCUGUGUCGUCUGCUGUGGAAAAUGUCACUAAACCCGACCUAAGAGCUGACCAAACGCUCACUAAUGAGAUUGAUACACUGGAUCCAGCAUUGAUACCAAGUGAUGAAUUGGCUGCCGAUAUCACAGAAGCUGUGGAGUUUUACUUCUCAAAUGAAAGUAUACUCAAAGAUGCGUUCCUCCUUAAGCAUGUGCGCCGCAACAAGGAAGGCUUUGUCAGUCUGAAGUUGGUAUCCAGCUUUAAACGUGUUCGACAAUUAACCAAGGAAUGGAAAGUUGUUGGCGACGCUUUGAGGCGUAAGUCUCAUAAAAUUGAACUGAAUGAUUUGGGUACGAAAGUGCGUCGUAUUGAUCCGCUGCCUAAUUUCGAUGAAACCAUGCCCUCACGCACUGUCGUCGCCUGCGAUUUACCACUCGAUAAACUUUCAAUCGAAAAAGUAUCUGAAAUAUUCUCCAAAUGUGGAGAGAUUGCAUUGAUACGUAUACUAAAACCUGGCAUGGCGAUCCCAGUAGAUGUUAGACAGUUCAUGAACAAAUAUCCUGAAGUUCAACAAAAAGAGUGCGCCCUUGUUGAGUACUUAGAAUCUUCGUCGGCACGUGAAGCCAAAAACCUGCAGGGCCCAUUUCAAGUAUACGAAAUGGUGGCUCCCAAAAAGAAGACGGGUAAGAAAGCCAUAAUACAGAUAGCCACACCAGUUGCACGAAUGGUGGAGAAUUAUCGCUACUAUAAUGACGCUACAUACGAACGUACACGCGGAGGUAGUUUCAGCGGAGUGAUUCCACAUGACGUGACAGAUCUGCGUUACAAACUGAGACGCUUCAAUUCAGACAUUCAUCCUAAGCCACUGCCAGAGCCUCACCACAACAAUCACAGCGGCCAACCGCAUUAUCAUCAUCAGCCGUAUAAUAUGCACGGCACACAACAUCGCGGCAGCUUCGCCAGUGAGCACUCGCAUCAAUUUCAGGUAUAUCAGCCACGUGCGGCCAACAAUAGCGAGCCGGCGUCUGUCGGCUCAUCUGCGCCCGACAACAACAAUAACGCUGGUGGCUAUUUUUACGCCUACUCACCACGUCGCUACAGCAAUAAUUCAACUAUCUCUGCCAGCUCGAAUGCUGUCGUUGAUGCUUCCGUAAAUACAUCACAAAUUAGCGGCAAUAACAUUAACAAAACGAAUGCCAACAACUCAAGCAGUAACUUGGCACGACGAUUGUCAAAUUGUUCGGACAAUUAUUCAACUUUUUCGGACUCUCGACGACCAUCGAACUGUUCGGAAAACAUGUCUCAACGGCGCGAUUCCAAUUGCUCUGAAAACUGCCCGUGCUCUCGACGUAUUUCCGAUUUCGGACAAACAGAAGUUUACCGAAAAAUUUCUCAAAGCUCUACCGGCAGUGGUGGAGAGCGUCGUUUCUCUAACGGUUCCAUGCAAUUUGAGCGUACAUUUUCUAAUCCAACCGAUGUAAACAGCAACGGAAACAACAACUUUCCACGCCGUAUGUCUAAUGACUAUAACUUUGAGCACCGCAAACAAUCAGUGGACACCCAAACCGACACGCCAUAUGACGACCCCAAUGUUGGUGGUGGCGGCGGUGGUUACAACGUCUUUCCGCGUCGUUAUUCGAAUAACUUCAAUGUAGCCAACAAAAUGGCUGCAUAUGACAACGCGCAGUACAUCAAUGGUCGACGUAUUUCAACCGAUUCCGGUUAUGAUCGCCGCUAUUCGUUCGGUUCCGAAUAUGAAGGCUCGCCACGUUCGCGCACCGGAAGUUUCCUAAACAAUUACAAGCAUGGUGUUGAUUUCGAUGGGCAACCACGUUCACGAACUGGAAGCUUCCUCGACAACUCACCACGUUCUCGUUCAGGAUCAUUCGCACAAAGAAACUCGGAGAAUCUAGUGCGUACGCCGAUAGGGCCAGAUGGUAGCAAAGGCUUCGCUGGACGUGCUAGAAAGUUCGGGCAAACCAUCUCCCCCGUAAAUUAAGUGUCAAAAAAAAAAAGAAAAAAUAGAUUGUCGUUGAUAAACUUAUACGUAAUUUUAAAAAUCUAAUACCUUCAAAUAUUUGUAUAUGCCUUAGAUAUUUAUUUAGACAAUCAUGCGUACAAAAAGUUGAGAAGGAUAAGGUAGUUUAUUGUUGUAAUUCGAAUUUAUUUUUUGUUCUAUCUAAAGCGUCAGUACUUAGGGGUACGAUUAGCGCUGCAAUUAUUAUUUUUUACAUCAUGCACGAGUAGAUUUUAUUUGUAUUGUAUGAAAGGGAAAUUUCACUAAUACAAAUGUACAGUGUCGAACAAAAUUAGGUAUACUACGCACUGAUGUAUGUAGUGCUUGCAAAUCCUUUUAGUAUAGCGUAACUUGAAAUACUUAUAAGGAUCACGGAAAUUGUUAUUUUGAGGGUAAACAAAUAAAUUUAUGACAACUACGCACUCCAUUUAAAUAAUCAAAAUGCUUAAGCUACUUUUGAAAACCGGCUUUAACUUGAAUAAAUUAAUUUUUAAACUAGCGGAUUUUUCUAAUUAAUGAUGUUGUCAUUCUUCAGCCCUAUUGAGCUAGUUUUAGCUACGCAUUUAGCACUGAAUAAUUCAAGGUGGCGCAAAAUUAAUCAUCCAAUUUUGUUUUUAUUUAACUUUUUUACUAAAUAAAAAAAAUCGUUAUAAGUGGCGGAAGCCUUUAUUUGGACUUUUAUGCGCUCCAUUGCUUGCCUGUUUGUUUACUGCAUCUUCCUCAAGGCGCAUCCAUUAAAGGUGGUGCCCCUAGACCAACAACAAUGCUUCGUACGUUUGAUUAUCACGGCAAUGUUUCAUUCUGUGCUGACAGCCUCAUGUACACGGCGAAAGAAAAAUAAACAAAUCAUCUGAUUUACCGAUACAACAUUUAAUAGAUUCGCCUUGAUCACAAGCGUCAAAUAUGAGUGACGUACGACGUCACUUGCAAAAAUUAUAAAUCUUCCGGUAGAGUGAUUAAUUUAACCCUUGACUGGUCUCUACAAGUUCGUGGCAUCUUGCCGGCGGCAACCUACUACUCGAAAAUUUAAAUUUAUUCUAUAAUUUCAAUGCUUUUGUUCGCUGGUGGAGCUUGUAGCUCAACGUAUCGAUGAUUGGUAACUGACGCUAACUUGAACGAUUUAGUUGAAAUAUUUGGCCAUACCAAAUACUAAAAGUUGCAUCAAGGACAUUUUACCUUUUACGUUAAUACUAAAAACAUGACUGGAAAUUACGCUCAACUGAGUUUAAAAUUUAAUUACAUAUAUACAAUGAAAAAUUGAUAUGCGUUUCUUCCAGCAGAAUUUUCAGUAAGAUCUUAUUUUAAAUUAAUAAUCCGAAAUUGAAAAUAUCAAAACAAGUCUUGUUUUCUGAAGAGCUGCCUGCCAAAUUACGGAUACUCUGUAUUUCGACAUAAAAAGUUUUUAUAUUAUAUUAGUCCGAAAAGUUUUGUUCGACACUAUAUGUAUGAACCUUCAAAGUUCAACACUGCUAAUCAUAUUUCUCGUGUUGUUUUUUUUUUGUUUUUUGUUAAUACCGUUUUCUGAAAGCGAAAUAUCUUUAGUAUGCAAUAUUGUUAAGUACGAGUGUGACUACACUCGUUAAUAAUAACCAACAGAGAAUAAAAAUAUUUUAAUUUUUAGCUUUUUUAACAAAAUACACUUGUAUUACUAACCUAAGCAGUGGGAGUAAAUGCGGUGUUCAAUUUUAUGUAAUUUAUUAAUAAGAAAAAUGCUGGCAACUCAGUGAUUACUUUCAAUAAUUUUUUGCUAAACUAUGACGAUAGUUUUUUAAGUUUACUCUUUGUGAGUUUUUAUGCGUAUAUUCAUAAACGUGUUUUUGUUAAUAAACUCACAAGUAAAUGCACUAGGCACUACUCAAGCAAUUGUUGUAGAUUUGGUUACUAUAAAAUUUGUUAUCCUUUUCAGUUUCAUAUAAGUAAAAAAUAUU